CUGUUUGUUACCUACGGUAACCGGCUGGCCAAUCAGGUGUGGGCUCCAGUUGUGCCGGCAGCAGAGCAGCUGCGACCAGACUCGUCUGACGAGGAGAGAUCAAAGUUCAUACGGGACAAAUACUGCGGGGGGCGCUACAGACGAGUCCACAUUCUGGCGUCCUCGCACUCUCUGAUGGACCAGAGGCUGCGCGAGGUGGUUAGUGGAGCCGACGUAGAAGAAACAAUGUCUCUGAUCUGCUCAGGAGCAAAGGUGUGUCAGUCAGACCCUCAGAGUCUCUCCCCCAUCGUGCUGGCUGAGAGGGCGGGUCAGGCUCUGCAGAGUGAGCUGCUCCGACUCAACGAGUACACAGAGGUCCCACCCAACCUGCCACAGUCAGCCAAUAGCGGACCUGACUUCGCCCCCUUAGGUGAGGAAGAGGAGGAGCUUCAUGGUAAACUGGAGGAAGAUCGUUUUCUCUUCUCGUUAGAAAACAACUCGGCAACGUGUGAUGUCCUCGACCUGCGAGAAGUUCUGUCUGUCUUCCUCAAAGACGG